GCCGGCAAAGGAGGAACAUCUGCAACUCAACUAUCACGAACGACAUGUUCGACAAGUACUUCAGAGACUCCUUGAGAACAAGCUCUUUGUUAAAGCAGAAAAGUAUGAGUUCCAUGUUCCAAAGACCACCUUUUUGGGUUACGUCAUUGCUGAGGGGCAGCUUCAAAUGGAGCUGCAACCAAGGUAGCUGCAGUCACUGAGUGGCCAACGCCAUCCACAAGAAAGGAGCUGCAACGAUUCCUUGGCUUCGCCAACCUCUACUGGCGGUUCAUUCGGAAUGACAGUCGGUUGGCAGCACCCCUAACUGCGCUCACAUCAACUCUAACGUCCUUCCAAUGGUCUGAGAAGGCCGACAUGGCCUUCUGUGAGCUAAAGAAACUUUUUUCCUCCGCUCCUAUCCUCGUUCAUUCGGAUCCACAGAGGCAGUUCAUAGUUGAGGUCGAUGCAUCAAAGGCGGGGGUUGGUGCGGUGCUGUCUCAGUGAUCCCAGACUGAUGGCUCACCCAAAAGCAGCAAUGGACCAGUUCACUGGCUUGACAGUAAGAGAAACAGUGGAGCAGGUCGCCGCCUUGCUAAGCUGCCCUCCAUCCUCUGAGUGGGUGGCGGCGUUCAUGGACGACCAUGACGAGUUAAGACACCUCAGGGAGAACUUUCUGGUGCCCAAAAUAGCAGAUUUACCUCUCUCGGACAUGUCGCUGGUAGAUGGCACCAAAGACAGCAUCUACCUGGUGGGCAACUCGCUGGGCCUGCAGCCCAAAAUGGUCAAGAAGUACCUGGAGGAGGAGCUGGACAAGUGGGCCAAAACGGGCGUGCACGGCCAUAUGGAGGGCUCACGACCUUGGGCCUGGGCUGAGAACAACCUGGAGGAGCUCAUGGCAAGAGUUGUCGGAGCGCAUCCGGAAGAGGUGGCUCUGAUGAACGGGUUGACGGUCAAUUUACACCUGCUGAUGCUUUCCUUCUACCAACCCACGGCUGCACGGCACAAGAUAGUUCUGGAAGACAAAGCCUUCCCUUCGGAUCACUACGCGGUCGAGUCUCAGAUCCGACUACGAGGAUUUGACCCCGAGCAGAGCAUGUUGCUGCUUAAACCCAGACCAGGGGAGGAGACUCUGCGAACAGAGGACAUCCUGGAUGUGAUCGAGAAAGAGAGUGCGUCCGUGGCUUUAGUGAUGCUUAGUGGAGUUCAGUACUACACUGGUCAGCUCUUCAACAUGGCCGCCAUCACCAAGGCCGCCCAGAACAAGGGCUGCUUGGUGGGCUUCGACUUGGCCCACGCAGCAGGCAACGUUGAGCUGAAGCUGCACGAUUGGGGAGUGGACUUUGCUUGCUGGUGCUCUUACAAGUAUUUGAACUCAGGUUGUGGUGGGAUUGCGGGAGCAUUCAUCCAUGAGAAAAAUCAAUACACUAUCCAACCUGCGCUGACAGGGUGGUGGGGUCAUGACUUGAGAACUCGUUUCCAAAUGAACAAUGUGUUGGAGCUGCAGCCUGGAGUGAAAGGCUUCAGACUGUCCAACCAGCCCGUUCUUCUUGUGUGCCCCCUGCAGGCCAGUUUGGAGGUUUUCAACAUGACCAGCAUGCAGGUGCUACGCAGGAAGUCCGUGCUGCUAACAGGCUACUUAGAGUACCUAAUUGCCCACUACUAUAGCGAGGAUCCCUCCCAACCUUGCAAACCUCAUGUGCGCAUCAUCACGCCCUCUGACCCGCAGCAGAGAGGUUGCCAGCUGUCACUCUGCUUCUCCAUGCCCAUCGAGAAAGUCUUCCAGGAGUUGGAGAAGAGGGGUGUGGUUUGUGACAUGCGCCAGCCGAGUGUGUUGCGCAUCGCACCGGUGCCACUCUACAACUCUUUUAGUGACGUCCAUCGCUUCAUCGAAAGUUUGGGAGAGGCGAUGGCCACCAGCUGCCAAUGAGCCACCUCCAACCUGCCAGGUUAAUCAGCAAGUCAAAUAAAUCUUUUUUAAAAA